UAGCGGUCUCACGAACGGACAUUGUAAAAGAUAACAACAUUAUUUCAGUAUAAAUUGAGAAACUUCAAAAGUUUGUAAUAGAAAUAUAAAAAUGGCUACAGUAACAACAACUGAAGCACCAGUCGUUGAUCAACGAAUUGGCUGUUGGGUGGAAACGAACUUAAAAUGUCUUCCACUUGGUUUUUUCGUGGCCGGAAAAGAUCAUGAUAGAUCAGUCGGCAUCAUCAGAGGUCAUUAUAAAAACAAGUUUUAUAUUGGAAAAUACGUUGAAGGCUACGGAGUCUACAUUCCAGACGGAGACACUGAAGUAAAUAUAAAGCUAGACAAGGAUCACAUUUUUGAAAUCUUGUGUGACUCCAAAUUAAGUUGGGACAGGUGCGGUGGGAAGGUGCCUGCAAAUGCUUUUGUAGCUGGUCACACCGAAGACGGGAAGCAGCUCAAUAUUGGAAAGACUAAUAUGAAAGGUAACACAGUUGUGGGCUGGAUUCAGUACAAUUUGUUAUAUUAUACGUGGGAGGGUACGACUUACAAUAUCGCCAACUUUGAAGUUCUGGUUCCCAAUUUUUGUGUAGAACAUAGACAAAUUAACUAAAAAAUUGUUUAUUUUGUAAUAAUUACAUUUUAUUAAAUCAACAAAAGUUUCAUA